UCUCCUGUCCUGACUGACAAAAUUCACAUGUUAAUGAGAACGUUAAAGACCCACCCAGAUAACCACAUGAAGGUGUGAGCAUAGGCUGAUAGGCCCACCCCACUAGCUCCAUCUCCUAGUCAUUUUCCUUGGAACAAUAAAACUACAUUCUCCUAAACUUUAAUAUCUAUAUUUGAUUGAACCCCCAACCUUGCAAGCUCUCAUGGGCUGGCUUUCUGUAUAUGUUUGUAAAGAUGCAGUUUGUUGAUAUGCAUUAUUUACAUUUUCUUGAUUGAUUCAGUGUCUUAAUUGUGUGUUAUCGUUUCCUCUUGUUCUUUUAGUUCUCAUUGGUUACCCAACUCAAAGUUAUUAAUUUUCUGGGUUUUCCAUUUUUACUCUUUGAUUUUUUAUUCUUCUGGGCUUUCUUGUUUACUCAGGAGAAUUGUUUUUGUGUUCUGGUCUUUCCUGUUUUAAUUUAAUCGAGGUGAUUCUGGUGGUUUCUACUGCAAAACUGGUAUUCUUUGCAUCUGAGGGUGUUGAAAGGAUUAUGUACAUUUGCUUUGGUGAUUGAAUUUUUCUUAGUUAUAGUUUGAAAGGGUGGUCAUAGAAUUAUAGAAGAAAAAACCAGUGUAUUCGGAAACUGUGUAUACAAAUAGGGUGUAGAAAUACUAGACAAGAUAAGAUAUUUGAGAUUUUGAUAAUUUGAUUGGAGUGAGUGGAGUGAUAAUGGCUGCAAAGAUUUUACAUUCUAUGACAGAUGAUAAUCCAAAUUUGCGAAAGCAAAUAGGAUGUAUGACAGGCAUCUUUCAACUGUUCGAUCGUCAGCCUAUUCCUACUGAGAGGCGCAUCGUUGGCCAUAGGUCGGAGAGGCUGCCUCCUGGAAAUUCCCACUUCUACAAUGACACUUUGGAAACAGAGUCUAAUACUGAAGAACGAAGGUCUGCACCAGUGGAAAAGUUUUCCAACAAUAACAUUCAAGAGAGACAGAGAGUCUCCAGAGAGUUGUCCAGGGCCUCCUCCUCAUCCUCACGUUCAUCUUCUUUCUCUUCUCUUGACUUUAACCAAACUAAUCAAUUAGAAUCCAUGCCCUUUGACCGCAUGAUUUUUCCUGAAACUCCUUCAAGAAAUCCAGCAAUGAACAUGCAAAAUUCAUCUCCACAAUAUAGUCGACAAGCCCUUGAUCUUCGGGAUGUUGUGAAGGACUCCAUGUACAAGGAAGUUGAAGGUUUAUCAGUUAAAGCCGAAACCAUAGAGGAAGCACCUGAUCUUAUGGUGAAGUUCAAGGAUUUCCCAAGGCAACUGCCAAGAAUUGUGGAUGGUUCUCAGGACACUGCUAAAUUUCGAGAAGCACCUUGGUAUCAUAAUGAACCGAGAGAACUUUUAAGAUCAUCAUCCUACCACUCAAAAGACAGGUCUUCGUUCUCAAUUUCAAAAGAUGCCCGUAGAUUUUCUUAUGAUGGGAGGGAAAUAAGCUACAUACCCUUUGAAUCACAAGUCUUUCCCAAUUCUACCCAAAAGCUUAAAGAUUUUCCAAGACUUUCAUUAGACAGUAGAGAAGGUUCAAUGCGGAAUUCAAAUGCUAAUUCGAAAUCCAUCUUUCAUGCCAAAACGUCGCACAAGGACAGUGGUGAGUUUAAUGGUGAGGUUCAGAGUCUGCAACAAACAUCAGGAAAUCAGGCACGGCCAACAAGCGUUGUAGCAAAGCUGAUGGGUUUGGAAAACCUGCCUGAUUCUGUUGUAGUUGGUGAUACAAACUCGAGCUCCAGGGGAACUUAUCUGGUGGAAGAAUUUGUUAACUUUUCGAGGUCAUCUGCAGAAACAGAUUCAUCGAACCAAAUCCAACUGUCUACCUCCUCAAAGUUAUGGAAAGAGCCUAGUUCACCUCGUGGGAGAAAUCCUGAUUCCAUCAUGAGACAUAUAUCCCGAUUUUCCAUUGAAUCGGCACCAAAGAAGCGAAUUGAUAUGACUAGACUUCCUCGGAAACCAGCCUCUAGAAGUACUCGAGGUUCAGUCAAGGUGCCAAACACCUUUCCUUCUGUUUACAGUGAGAUAGAGAAGAGAUUGAAAGAUCUCGAAUUUGCACAUUCUGGAAAGGACCUUAGAGCACUAAAACAGAUACUGGAAGCUAUGCAGGCGAAGGGACUCUUAGAAACCCAAAAGGAAGGACAAGAUUAUAAUGUGACAUGUCUGAAUGACCAUGAGCAAAGGUAUACAAGUUCGAGACAUGAUGUAAGAACAGUAAACAACCAAAAGCUUCAAACUGAUCUAGUUCUUGCAUCCUCCCAAAAGAGGGCUGAUUCUCUGAGACAUUUUGAAUCUCCAAUUAUAAUCAUGAAACCAGCAAAACUCGUUCAAAAAUCUGAUAUGCCUGCUGCUUCUGUAAUUUCACUUGAUGGCUUUUCUGGUCUACCCAAACUUCAGAGUGGUAAGUUCAUUCAUAACAGAAAGGAUUUAAGUAGCAGAAGAGCUGCCAAAGAUCGGAUUUUUAGAGAAGGAAACCGUGAUAAUUCUGUAAACUCUGUCAAUAGGAGAACAGACAACAGAAAUUUAAAGACUGCACAUACUUCAGAAAGAACCCAACAGUUACAUAGAGAAAGCACCCCCGGAUUCAGAAAGAGUUCAGAAUCCAUUAGCCCCAGAAUUCAACAGAAAAAACUAGAGCUGGGAAAGAGAUCCAAGCCACCCACACCUCCUGAUUCAAUCAAAUCAAGAAGACAGUCAAACAAUCAACAAGAAGAGUUGAGCUCCCCAGGUGGCUUACGCAGAGCAAAGCAUCCCAACGCACAUCAAAGCAAUGACAGACUGAGUGAAGGCAGCAGCAACUUGAGAAAUUUGAAUUUCCAGAAGAAUGAAUUUUCUGUUCAUUCCAAUGGGGGUAUCAUAUUAGGCUCAAAAAAAGUGGAAGUCACUAGUUUUGAUGAAAUUUCUCCUGAGAUAAUGAAGUCUGCUGAGUUCUUGAUAUCUGGAGCAGUAGAGAAGAAACCCAACUGGAUGGUGAGUGAAAAGGAACAGGCAGAGGCACGUGCUCCUCUCGAGUACCCCAGCCCUGUCUCUGUUCUUGACAACAAUGAGCAUACAGAUGAUUUGCCUUCACCUGUAAAGCAAGUUGGAAUGACCCUGAAAGGGGAUGAACCCAGAAUUUUAAACACAAUGGAAGACAUUUUAGCAGAUGAUUUCAUACUGAACUCCAGGAGAUCUGGUAAUACAUCUGAAAUUAAUGGAAAGAAACUACAGGACAUUGAUAACUUAGUUCAGAAGCUUAGAAGGCUUAAUUCAAGCCACGAUGAAGCACAUACAGAUUAUAUUGCCUCUCUCUGUGAGAACACAAACCCCAACCACAGAUAUAUUUCCGAGAUUUUAUUAGCUUCAGGGCUCCUCCUCAGAGACCUCGGCUCGAGCCUGACAAAUUUCCAGUUUCAUCCAUCGGGACAUCCUAUCAAUCCCGAGUUAUUUCUGGUCUUGGAACAAACCAAGGCAAGCAGUUUACGCAAGGAGGAGUUUAGUGCUGAAAAGACAACUCAGUUGCUUACCAGGGAGAAAUCUCAUCGAAAACUCUUCUUUGAUGUUGUAAACGAGAUUCUUAGAAGAAAAUUAGCUUCGAUCGGACCCUUGUCUGAACCUUGUUUGAGACCAAAUAAGCUGGCAAGGAAGGGCUUUAAUGCACAAAAGCUUCUCAAAGAAUUGUGCUCAGAGAUUGAAGAACUUCAAAUGGAAAUUUCAAAAUGCAGCUUCGUUGAUGAGGACAGCGGACUGAAAAGAAUCUUACAUGAAGAUUUCAUGCAUCAAUCAGAAACCUGGAUAAGUUUCAAUGGUAAAAUUUCAGGCGUUGUCCAGGAUAUUGAGCGCUUAAUCUUCAAAGAUUUGGUUGACGAGGUUGUGGUUGGCAAAGUAACUGGUUUGAAGACCAAACCGAUUCGGCGUGGACAGAUCUUCGCAAAAUAGUAACUUUUGUCUGCUCAUUCUGUGAAAUCCUUCUCGUUUGAUUUUCGUUUACCAUUUUCUUCUCGUGAUUUACGGUGAUUUUUGUUAAAAAGAUAUAAAUUAUUAGUAUAAGCUGCAGUUCAUGUUUUAUUGUAAAAGGAAAAAUCCAAUUGACUGCACCAUAACAUGUUACAUAUUUAUAUUAUAGCAUUGUAAUUAAGAAACACUUCGUUUAUUUCUUUUUCCCAGCAGGCAAUUUUGUUAGGGAAAUGUAGAAGCUUGUUCUUGGGCUAUAUACAUGUAGUUACAUGUUGUAUAAGCAAGUAUGCUGUUUUUGCUCUUUCAAUGUACAAAAUAGUUGAGAGUUGAAGCUA